AUGGAGCCUGAACCUGUAAGAAAACGAUUCAAACAGCUCACAAAUGAAGAGAUACAGCAACUGGUUGAGGCCAAGGAUUCCGAAAAUACAAGGAGAGCGACUAAAAAUGCCGUUGCUACUUUUCUAGCAUUCUGUAAUGAAGUUACGCCUGAAGAACCCGUGAAAAACACAGAGUCCCUGGAGAAAAUGUCGAAGAACGAACUGAAUGAACUUCUAACGAAUUUCUGGCCGAAUGCCCGGAAAAAGAAUGGAGAAAACUACAAAAAGACUGCCUUGAUGGGACUACGAUUUGGUCUGCAAAGGCACUUUCUACUGAAAAGAGAUUUUGACAUCAUUAAUGACGGCGAGUUUUCCAAAUCAAAUCAAGUUUAUGAGACGGCAGUUGUCGAGUUAAGGCGGCAAGGAUUUGGCAGAGUUGAUCACCACAGGCCGAUAUCAAAGGAAGAUCUAGAAAAAAUUCAGUCUUGCUACAAUCCAUCCUCUCCAGAUCCUAAAUCCCUCCAGCAAGUGGUUUGGUUUAAUCUCAUGUUCCACCUAAUUCGCCGCGGGAGAGAAAAUCUCCGUCUUCUUACAAAACAGACGUUUGCCGUGCAGGCUGAUGCAACUGGUAAGAAGUAUGUAUAUCAAGCACUUGAUGAACUGGACAAAAAUCACAGGGGAAAGGAUCAACCAGAUUUUUUUUUUAUUUUAUUUUAUUUUUUUUUUAUUAACAGAGAUCUUUAUUACCACUACAUCACUUACAACACUUUCACUACAAAAUUUAAGGUUACAAAAAAUUACAAUUAAGAAUUAAGAUUCCAACGAUUAAUACAACAUACACUGCAACCAGGCUUGCUUCACGCAUACGUAGAUUAGAUUAUAAUCAUUUACAGUAAGGAGAGGAGAGGCUUCCAUUGUGAAAGAAAUUUUGCUUUUUGUCCUUUGGAAUAAAAAAUCGAUCUUUGCACAAUUAACUUGUCUUUAACGAAUUCAAGAAAGUGAUCAAAGCUUGGGGGUUUAAUUUCGCUCCUUUGCAGGAAGAUAUGUCUCUUGCCAAGAAGGAUAUAAUAGUUAAGGAUUUGCCUUUUAGGAUCUUCGGGAUUAUAGCCAUACAUUAUACUUAAGUCAUCAAAUAGCAAACAUUCACCACUGUGAGUUUUCCACCAGCUAAUUACUUCAAACCAAAACUUUUGAAUUACUAUACAGUUAACUAGCAUAUGGGAGAGCGUUUCUAGGGAAUCACAAUGUAUGCAGAGAGGAGAGUUUACGAUUUUCAUUCUGUGUAACAGAACCCCAUGUGGAAGAAUAUUAUGAACAAUCUUAUAUUGAAAUAUGCUUAAUUUUGUUUCUUUAGUUAUUUUAAAUGGAAGCAUAUAAAUAGAACUAAGUUUGGAACUGUCCAAUCCUUGCCUGCAUAGUCGAAGGCUAGCCAACGGUUCUACAAAUUUCCUUUGAACAAGUAUAUUGCGAACCUUCUUGCUAGUAACCACGUUAAUUUCCUUAGUUGUAUUUUUGUUCCAUAUCUUGAUUGUUCAUGAUAAAUCCCGGUCUCAAAGCGCACUUCCAUCUAUAAGGUAUAGCUGAUAUUAAACCAAAAACUUAGUGAAAGGCGCCUUGAGGCCAGUUUUUUAAAAGAAACUUAUUAAGUGUGAGGAAUCUGUUUUUUUUUCAUCUAGUAGGUCUUUAAUUCUAAGUAUACCAGCUUCAUGCCAUUCUUUCCAAUAUACUGAUUUACCGUCUAUUAAAAUAUGCUUAUUAUUCCAUAAGAUUACAUUCUCAACACAGAUUUCAUUGUCCGAAGUUUGCUCUCGGACUUCCGCCCAAGUGUUAAGAACAUCAGCGUAAAAUAUUGGUAAGUUGUUUAGGCCUAGAAAUUUUACAUCAUAAUCACAAUCAAAAAUAAGUGGCCCUCCAACAUUUUUCAAAUAAAAUAAAGGAAUUAACAUCCACUGAUCCUCUACACCAUUCUUCAUUCUUUGAACCCAAGCACUUUGUAACGACUUGGAUAUAGUCUCAAAUUCUGGUAAAUCCAGCCCUCCUCUUUCUUUUGGACCUAUAAGAGUAUCCCUUUUUAUCUUUGGUUUCUUGUUAUUCCAGACAAAAUCUGUAAUCAAUCUAUUAGUGAUAUCUAUAUAAUGAGGCGGUGUAUGUAUGCACGAACUUAUAAAGAUAAGUUUCGAUAGCCCUAAUGUUUUGGCGAUUGUUAUCUUGCCAUAAAGUGAGAGAUCUCUUUGAGACCAUAUAUUAAACAGCUUUUGAAUUUUACAUAUCUUUUGUGAAAAAUUUUCCUGUUCGCAAAGUUUUAGAUUGUAAGAGAAUGAUAUCCCUAAGGCGGAGAUAGGCCUUUGUGGCCACUGAACUCCAAAUAGUGUAUCAGUCCUAUUUGCGUUUUUUCCAAGCCACAUUGCUUCAGAUUUACUUUGGUUAAGCUUUAAACCGCUGCAAUCUUUAAAUAGGUCUAAUAACUCUAACAGUUUCCCAAGCGACUCUUUAUCUUUGCAAAAGGAGGUGGUGUCAUCGGCAUAUUGAGAUAAUUUUAUUUCUUUGUUUAGGACUCGAAUUCCCUUUAUAUGUUCAUCAGCUCUUAUUGAGCAAGACAGUAAUUCUGCGGCUAAAAUGAACAACAAGCCAGACAAAGGACAGCCUUGUCUUACUCCUCUCUUUAAAGUAAAUGACUCGGAGGCGAAGCCGUUGUUUAUUAUGCAGCUAGAAAUGUUUGUGUACAGAGUUUUCACCCAAGUCUUAAAGUCGGGUCCAAAUUGAAAGGUAUCUAGAGCUUUAAAUAGGUACUCCCAUUCUAAACUAUCGAAUGCUUUUUCAAAAUCGAUGAAUAAAGCAAUUCCCUCUAUGUCCUGGUCAACGGUGAAAUUGAGGAUGUCGCUUAUAAGUCUGAUGUUUUCACCGAUAAAUCUUCCCUCUACGUAACCAGUUUGUGUGUUAUUUAUAACUGCCGAUAGAACCUUUUUUAGUCUGAGAGCUAAAGCUUUAGAGGUAAUCUUAUAAUCCACAUUUAAAAGUGAAAUAGGUCUCCAAUUUUUAAGAUACAAUAAAUUUUUGUUCUUUUUUGGAAUAAGACGUAUGAUGCUUUGUCUUUGAGAAAUUGACAGCUCACCUUUAUGGAAUCCAUAAUUAAAACUGUUUACCAUUAUCUUGCCUAAUUGACUCCAGAAAAAGCUGUAAUAUUCGGCAGUAAAACCGUCAUUGCCAGGGGAUUUGUUUUUUUGGAAACACUUUAAAGCAUUCCAGCACUCAUUCUCCGUCAGCAAGCCUUCGCAGUUCUUUCUUUGUUCAUCAUUCAGCUUUUCUACCUUGUCAUUAUCGAAGAACACUUUGAAUUUACGAUCGUUUACUUGAGGAUUUUGCGAGGAAUAUAAGGAUUGAUAAAAUCUUUUUUGUUCUUUUAGGAUUUCCUUUGGGUCCGUGAUACUGCUUCCGUUUUCUUGUAUAAGGCUGGUAAUGCAUUAAUUUUCAUAAUUUCGUCUCUCAAGAUUAAGAAAAUAUUUCGAACUUCGUUCGCCGAACUCAUGCCAACGGGCCUUGGAGCGCACACAUGCUCCUCUUGCCCGGUCGUAGGAAAUCUUAUCCAAUUCGUUCUUAACUUUAAUGUAUCUCUGGACGGCUUCUGCUGAUGGGCAGUUUUCACCCAUAUUUCCCAGUCUUGAGACUUCCUGUACGAGAUCUUUUUCAUAAUCUUUUUUCAUUUUAGCUUUUUGUUUUGAAUAACUAAUUGUGAACGCCCUUAUUUUCAUUUUAAUCAACUCCCAUAAGAGUCCGUGAUCUUCAAGAUCCUGAUACUUGUUUAUAAAGUGCGGAAUUUUAAACAUUAAUUUUUCUGCAUAUUCAUCAUCUUCUAAGAGAGAGGAAUUGAAUUUCCAGAAUCCAGGUCCUCUUGGGUAUUUCUCAUUAAUUGGCAAUUCCAACGUCACUAAAGAGUGAUCGCAAUGUGCAGCGUGCUUGAUUUCACAUUUCUGCAAGGGGGAAUUUUGUAAUAGUUGACGGGCUAUUAGCCAAUAAUCUAAUCUGCAUUUUAUUUUCAAGUCAGAUGUUCGCCAAGUAAAUUGUUUUUCUUCUGGAUGUAGCGUUCUCCAUACGUCGUCUAAAUCUAAAAUACACAUCAGUUGCUCGAUCUCACUGGCGACAUUCCUUCUUGACGAAACAUCACGUCCUCCUUCUUUAUCGGUUUUGGAAAGAGGGCAAUUAAAAUCGCCACCUACUAUAAUGUUGUCGUUGGGAAACUGUUCAAGUAAAGAUCUGAGUUGUUUAAAAAAUAUAAUUUGCGCGUUAUCAUUAUUGGGUGCGUAAAUAUUGGCACAAAUAAAUUUCUGAUCAUCUAUAGAAAACUGCAGGAUAAGAAUCCUGCCGUUUUCACAACAAAUUUCAUUUUCUACUAGCACUUUGAGUCGAGGAUUAAACAGAAUUGCUACUCCUUUGCGGUGUUUACUUCCAUGACAGAAGUACACUUUACUACCCACUCGUUACUCCAUAAUUUUUCUUGGUCAGUAGAGUUAUAUGUCUCUUGCAAGAAAAUUAUUGAGUACUUGUUAACGUGCAGUUGCCGAAAAAUAGCUCUUCGUUUUCUUGAACUAUUUAAACCCCUAACAUUUAACGUAAUAAAAGUUAACUUAUUCAUAUUAACGAAUAAAUAUCGAUAUCUUAAUAGUUUCACAAUACAGAAGCCUUCUUAAGCUAAAGCCUGGAGAAAACAUUGCAUCACUUACAACAUAAAAGCGAAAAUUACCUUUUAUGAAACAAAUUAAAGGCAUUGCCUGUGAAGUUCUUUUAACUCCAACAAUGGGUAGAAUGUGAGAUUAAAGUUGUUGUUGGUCAGUAUCACUCCGACGGCGUUGCUAGGUUAACUCUUUGCCUCUUCCAUUUCAUGGCGUAGUUUUGCUAGUUCUUCUGUUCCUACGAUUCUGUGACGGCCAUUGGCAUCGACAUAUUUGAGUAUUGCAGGAUAUGUGAUGUAGACUUUCCGGUCGUCUCCGAGUUUCUUCUUUAGAAACUUUCUGUAGGGCACGAGCUCUUGCCUCCGCCGUUGGGUUUUUUUGGCGAAAUCCUCACUUAUACCGAUGGCAUUUCCGUUUAACGGGUUAUCCUUUAGACGAGCGGCGGCAUUCCUUAGUACCUUCAUCUUAUCCGUGUAUCGAAGAAAAGCGACGUGCAUUGGUCUGGGACCCUUUUCACCAGCAGAAGACGUUUUACUUGGCGUGCGGUGUGCCCUCUCCAGCUCAACAUGGCCACAUAACGUUUCAAGGCCCAUAUGCUGCGUAAUAAAAUCCUGUACAAAAGAGAUGCAAUCUCCUUUUUCGGCUUUCUCUGGUAUAUUGUAGAAGACUAAGUUGUUCCUUCUUGACCUGUUUUGUAAUUCUUCGAUUUCAUCCUUCAGCGCAUCGACAGUGGCGUUAUCUGCUUUUGAGUCUAAAUCCGUUUUUACCUUCUGCAGUUCUGCUGUCAACCAGAUGAUUCUCCAGGUGAAGGCCGUAUGUAUGAAAGACCGAAUAGUCCGUACUGUCCAGUAAAAACUUUUGAACUGUAUUUAUCAAAGCUUAAUCCUAGUUUGUCGUGUUUGUGGCAAAGGCCGAAGGUGCGUGAAAGUUUUAGCGAAAGUGAUGAAGUUUGGUAUUGUAAUGCUCCUCUCGGAAAAAAUACGCUAGCUACGUUAAUGAGUUCCAUUUCAAAGGAAAUACAAUUGUCUUAUCAGUACACCAAUCAUUGUAUUAGGGAAACUGCCGUAUCGUUAUUAGACGAGUGUAAUUUUGAGGCCCGCCAUAUAAUGCGUGUUUCUGGCCACAAGUCUGAGAGCAGCAUUCGCUCUUAUUCAAGGCGCCUUUCUGAGGUUAAACAAAACGAAAUUUCCCAUUCACUCAGUACUGCAUGUUUUGAAAGUUUAGAGAGGCAAGAGCAAACUGCAGAGGCAGAUUGUCCUUUAGUCGGAAACACAGUGCCAAGAUCACCCAUCACGAUGCAAAAUUUCGCAUCGCAAAGCCAGGAAACGGUUAACUUUAACGCAGGCGCAUUUUCAGGAGCAACCGUUACUAUAAACUUUUAUCAAGGUAAUUCCAAGUGA